AUGGAGCUGCGCACCGCGGGGGGCGGCGGGGGCGCGUCCACGUCGCCGUCUUCAGCGUCGCCUUCGCCGUCCGGGCGGCCGGGGGAGGCGCUGUGCCGCGUGUGCGGAGACAAGGCGUCGGGAAAGCACUACGGCGUCCCCAGCUGCGACGGCUGCCGCGGAUUCUUCAAGAGGAGCAUCCGCAGGAACCUGGACUACGUCUGUAAAGAGGCGGGCAGAUGUGUCGUCGAUGUAAGCCGGCGCAACCAAUGCCAGGCAUGCCGCUUCAACAAGUGCCUUCAAGUUAACAUGAAGAAAGACGCACUGAAACACCCGCCUCCGCAGCCGCCCCCACAGCUCACGCUCGACCCUGGACUGCUCUACCCUGCGCUCGCCUUGCCGACGCAUCACGUCUUCACCCAACAACAUGCUGGCCUGCCCGUGCACCUGCUGCCGCUGCUGCAGCCGCCCACGCCGCUGGUGGGCGUGUCCCCUGGCUCCAUCUCCGCCGCCCACGGCGUCCACCACGUGCCGCCCACGGCGCCCGUCUGCCCCUCCACCACCGGCAGCACCUGCGGGGGCGGCGCCAGCAGCAACGAGGACGAAGUCACCAGCUCAGAGGAGGCUGGCCGUCACGACAAAGAGGCCGUGGCAUCGCCUAGCAGGCAACCGCUGGAGUUGUCCAGCCUGACGCUGCUGCCAGCAGAGAGCGUGUACGAGUCAGCCGCCAAGCUGCUCUUCUUGGGAGUCAAGUGGGCACGUGGUGUGCCCUCCUUCCUACAGCUGCCGGCCAGGGACCAGGCGCUGCUGCUGGAGGAGGCCUGGGGCGAGCUGUUCGUGCUGAGCGCCGCACAGUGGGAGCUGCCUCUGGACGAAGGUUGUUUGAUCUCGUUGACGCUGUCGCCAGCGCCGCGGCGGCAGUCGCUGGAAGCAGAAGCGUGCCGCCUGCGAGAGACUCUCUCCCGCUGCGCGCAGCUGCGCGUCGACCACACCGAGUACGCCUGCCUCAAGGCGCUCGUGCUCUUCAAGCCAGAGUGCCCCGGGCUGUCGGCGCGCGCGCACGUGCAGCUGCUGCAGGACCAGACGCUGGCCAUGCUGCUCGACUACUGCGGGGGCGGCGCGGGUGGCGGCGGCCGCCGCUUCGGACGCCUGCUGCUGCUGCUGCCCGCUGCACAGGCGCCCACGCGGCACGCCCUCGAGGACCUCUUCUUCCGCAGGACCGUCGGUGACGUCAGUAUCCGUGCCCUGCUCAGAGACAUGCUGGACGAGACGCGCGCCGACCGCCACUAG